AUGUUUGUCCUGACUAUGCAUCAGACAACUGUACAACAAGAGGAAGAUAGACAUCGUCAAGAAGAUUACUGGCUCAGAAAUGAAGAAAAACAAGCGGACAGAGAACACUUACAGGUAGAAGAAGCCGAAGCUGCGGUCAAAGAAGAUCGCAAAAAGUACAAGUCCAAAUACGCCCCCAUUAUAGAGGAUCUAGCAGUUCUGAACGAGCUGACAAUUAUUCCUUCAUUGUAUGCUAUCCAAAAGCUAGACAAGGGUGAAUAUGUCAAACUCUGGUAUUUCACUAACACCGGUCUAGAAGAAGCCAAGACGAAAUCAACCAUUGAAGAUGAUGCAAUGAUCAUGUCUACUCUUCCAGACAGAUUGACAGCAUGGGUCAUGGCUGCAUCUGCACACAAUGCUAAGGCCAUUAUCGAAGAGCAAAACUUAUCCUUUGAAGAUUUUUGUCAAGCAUGUCCAUGA